CGUCGCGUGCAGAUCACAAAUCGCCAGCAAACCAAGGGGGCAGAAGUACUUCGUUCGACCAAAAGAUCUUUGAAAGCUAGAAAACAAAUUCGCGGGAGCGUUAAACUGGUAGCGGUAGUACGGAAAAAGUGUGUGUGAGUGUUGGGAAUGAAAAGAAAUGGGCAAGUGGAGAGGUUGAUCGGCAGAAAAGUGAAGAUGUGAAGAGCUUUAGAUGAAGAACAACAACAAGUGCAUGUGAAUAUUGAAUUGACAUCGAAGCUCCGUUAAAGAAAAAAUAGCAAAAAGCAAAAAAAAAAAAAGCAAACAAACAAUAGAUUGUUAUUGUGGCUGCUGUUGAAAACGAGAAUGAAUCAAUAAAAUCUUCGAAAACUAACGGUAAACUUGAAAAGUGGCACAGCAUCUGCCAAAAACAAAAGCAACAACAAAGUAAAGUACCAAAAUAGAAAGAGAUAUUUAGCAUAAUUUAAAUAUGGUUAGUCAUCGGAAAGAGUGUCUACUGUGGUUGCUGAUCGCCUUCAGUGGUUGUCAGCUAAUUGCAACACAGCAACUCCAGGGUCCUCCUCGUCCCAGGGGGCGUAUACGUAUUGCGGAUAUGCAAAUUCCCGCCUCUGCCGCUGGGGCACCUGAUCUGGCCCUGGGAAGUUGGCCAAGUUUGCCAGCUGCUGGUCCCAUCAGCUCUACUGUUCACAGUCACAUCCCGCUGUUACGCGAAGAGAGUGCCCCGCUGCCCCCAGCCACGCCCAGUCAGGAGACGGUGGUGUACGGCAAUUGGAAGCCAGAGCAUCCGAAAAAGCCAGAUGAGGUGGAAGCAGAAAGCGAGUCAGAUCAGCAGCCCAGGGAACGGGUCUACGGAAGACUGGAGGCCAUGCUCAUGGGAAUGCCGGCAGAUGCAAUCGAUUCCAAGCCAUCAAGUUCCAGUGAAGAGCAGAUCGCUCCCAUUGCACCUGGCGGCUAUCAGAAUCCAACCUUUUUACGAACGGCCAGCAUUGAGAGAUCCCCAGAGAAGCAAGGUCGCCGAAGAAUCACCACCAAGCAGGAACCCCAUCAAUUCGAGACUGUUGGGGUCAACAAUACGGAUUUCAUUCCUAAAGCCGUUGCCAAGCAGAUCAGCGAGUCCGUAGAGUCCACAACGACGGACAAUCGAAGAAAUUCGCAUCAUUCCGCCGAUGACAACUGGAUGCCCCUGCCGUAUCCGUAUCCUUAUGACACCACAGUGCCAGCACCACCAGCAACGAGCUCUAUGAUUCCAGGAUUUAUGCAAUCCUCCGUGGUGCAUUCACCGGCACCCACACAGGCCACACGAUCCACUGCCGGACUACUAAACUGGCCCACUGAUUUCAUCGAUACUUCCUCAAACACGGCGAGCACCGAACGGAUAGGUAGUAAUCUCCAGGACAAUAUUGACAGGCGCGAUGAAAGCGUCUCUGAUCCUGCCGAUGAAUACAAGUACUAUGAGGACUCUCUGAACUCCGCCCAGAUGCACAGCGAGUUGAGUGUGCCGGAAACGAUGCCUCUGAAUAUAACACGAGUGGGCAUCCCUUACGAAGAUCGAAAUGCUUCCGAGGAGCCGACCAUAUGUGUACCACUGACCGUCUCAGAAACAUCCCUCUCCUCCGAUAGCAUUGUGCCGCAAUUAGUGGAAAUCGAAAGGGUGUACUGUUUCCCACUUCCCAAGGUGGAGAUCCGUCCAGGUCAUGUCCGCCCGCAGGUGGAACAGGUGACCAGGGAGCAGGAGAUCUCCGAAACGGACAUGGAUAUGCAACCUACGGAGUCGCCAAUGCCUAGUGAUUCCACUUCGGGAGCAGCACGAAGAUCACUUGGCUUCCUCACACUGCUCCUCAUCACUGGAUGGAGCUUCAGGCCAGGAAUUAGAAUUUAGAAUUACGACCACUUGACCUUUAAACAACUCAGGGGCUAUUUGCUAAC